CUUUCCUCAGUUUUCAAGUUUGUAGAGAACAACAAAGGUCAACAAGGAAGGUGGCCUAGAUUCAGAAAUGGAUCAACAACUCAGAGCUCAGAUGAACCGUGACCCUAUUGCUGCAGCAGGAAUGAUCAAUCAAUAUUUAGCAUGGAUAGAUGAUAUUCAACUAAAUAUAGGCAUCACAGGAAAAUCUGGCACUGGCAAAACAUCGUUUGUUAAUGCCUUUAGAGGGAUGAAGAACAAUGAUCAGGGAGCUGCACUUGUUGGUGUUAAUGAAACCACCAAAACGGUUAACUCAUACCCCCAUCCAAAGUACGCCAAUGUCAUCUUAUGGGAUCUUCCUGGAAUUGGAACAAAUAAGUGGAAAGCAGAAACAUAUGUAAAGGAUACUGGAUUUGAGAAAUUUGACUUCUUCGUCAUCAUCUCAGACACUCACUUUCAGGAAAAUGACAUCAAACUUGCUAAGGAGAUCCAGAAAAUUGGGAAAAGAUUCUACUUUGUGCAUUCAAAGAUCGACCAAACCUUAAAGAAUGAGGAAGAAAAUGACAGAAAUUUCAAUGCAGAAAGAACUUUGGCUCUAACCAGAAGAAGAUGCAUUCGAGGUCUUCAGGAACAGGGAUUUGAGCAACCACAGGUCUUCCUGCUGUCCAACUUUGAGCCCUGGCAUCAUGAUUUCCCUAAAUUACACGAGAACUUUACAAGAGAAGUAUAUCCUCUCAAGGAGUAUCAUCUGUUGUGUACCAUGGCAGCCAUACACCAGGAGGUUAUAAAUGAGAGGAAGAAGGCCUUCAAAUCUGGAAUAAAGUAUUAUGGUGCUGCGUCUGCAUUUGGAGCAGCUGUGCCAAUUCCAGGGCUUUCAGUGGCUCUUGAUCUUGGCAUGAUUGUUAAAGCAGUUACCGGAUAUGUGACUGGUUUUGAUCUUGAUGCUGCAUCACUGCAUAGACUGGCUAACAGCACAGGAGUACCAUAUGAUGAUCUCAGGUUUACUAUCCAGUCAGUUCUUGGUCAGGGAGAAAUAACUAAAGAUAUUAUCUUGAAGCUCCUGACUCAACUCGGAAGCACAUCUGUGUUAUUAGCGACAGAGGAAUCGACCAGAUUCAUUCCAGUAUUAGGAAUCCCGAUAGCGGCGGGCCUGUCCUUUACAGUAACCUACAGAGCUCUGAAUUUCUUUCUUGAUGAGCUUGCUAAGGAGGCACAGAAGGUUUACAAAAGAGCUCUGGGGUUAAACAUAGCCUGAUGGCCAGGGCAAAUGUAAUUUAAUGAGAGAUUUAAAGCAUUUAUAUUAAACUGCAUUUGACUGU